GUCGCAUCGAUUUCAUCUUAUCCCGCAUACAAACUUUUGAACACCGUAUUACGAUGAAAAGACAGAAUGUUCGGACUUUAUCUUUAGUUGUUUGUACAUUUACUUAUUUAUUGAUCGGUGCGGCUGUUUUCGACGCCCUUGAAUCGAAAGAGGAAAGUAGGCGAGAUGAAUUACUUAAAACUUCCACAAGCGCUCUCAAGAGCAAAUACAACAUAUCAGAAGACGAUUAUAGGAUGAUCGAACUCGUAAUUACCGAAUAUAAGCCACACAAAGCGGGACCUCAAUGGAAAUUCGCGGGAGCAUUUUAUUUUGCUACUGUAGUGUUAGCUAUGAUCGGCUACGGUCACUCCACACCUGUAACAGCCGGCGGGAAGGCUUUCUGUAUGGGAUACGCCAUGGUCGGGAUUCCUUUGGGUCUUGUUAUGUUCCAAAGUAUUGGUGAACGUUUGAACAAAUUUGCUUCGGUUGUUAUCCGACAAAUAAAGAAAUAUUUGCAUUGCAAAAAGAUCGAAGCUACUGAAAUGAAUCUAAUGUUUGCCACUGGAAUGCUUUCUUCCAUCAUUAUCACAACAGGAGCUGCGGUUUUUUCUAGAUACGAGGGCUGGACAUACUUUGAUAGCUUUUAUUACUGCUUUGUAACACUGACGACUAUCGGAUUUGGGGAUUAUGUUGCUUUGCAAAACGAUAAUGCCCUCAAAGACAAACCUGGUUAUGUCGCUCUAAGUCUUGUUUUUAUCUUAUUUGGUUUAGCUGUGGUCGCUGCUAGUAUUAAUCUCUUGGUCCUUCGCUUCAUGACAAUGAACGCUGAAGACAUCAGACGCGAUGAUCAAGACCUUCAGUCUUCCUCUCACCACGUUUUGACCCUGGAUGGUGAAGUAAUGGCCGUAAAUGGGAAGCUACUAGCAGGCCACGCAUUUGUAGGAGAACCCGGGGAAAUCGACCAAAUGUCAGUAUGUUCAUGUAAUUGUCUCGGUCUUAACCACGGAGAGAACCAAGAACUGCUACUAGACACCAGCUAUCAUCCCUCGCAAACUGUUUUAGCUUCCAGUUUAAAAAUAAAGCGAGCAUCUGUGUGACAUAAUUUUAAACACAAAUAUAGUCUUCAGUAAACUUCCGAAACGACGAGUAACAGGUGUGCCGAACUUAAAAUCGUACAGAGAGAUUUUACAAUUCCCAGUUUUUUAAUGGCUCAGAUAUGUUUGUAUGAUCACUCUGUAUAUAUCGCGUAGUAAAUGUGAUCGAUGUACCUAUUUGUUUUUUUUUGAUAUU